AACAACUUGAGUUAAACAGUAGGUUUUGAUUCAAUAUCAACCACCAGCCGCUCAUACUGCAUCGACGCAGUCUAAACGGAUGACAGUGCGAACUAUCACCACCACCACCCUCAAGACAUUGAAAAACUCAGUCAUCGGCAACCCUGCCGCCAAACUAGCCCUUGCUCAGGAUUCAGCGCUCAUUCAUUUGCUUGUCAACUGCGUCAAGCACUCUCCAACGUCUUGUGCUGAUACCCAAGGGUCUCAUCACGAUAUUCGUAUCGAAUCCGCCCAUGUGAUCGCAUCUAUUUCCUAUGGUUCAGAGGUCGCUUUAACUAGCUUGAUCCGCGCGAAUGCUCUUCAUGCGUUCCUCUUUGCGCUGUCAAAUAUGAAACCCCACGAUCCUGUGCAACUAAAAUCCGCAUUAGCGCGUGGUUUACGAGUGUUGUCCACCGCCAUUGCUGAAGUCGUUGGUCCAUCUCAACUUGGUCUUCGAACAUGGAACCCCGAUUUGCGGAGUGAAGCCAAGGUCGCACUGAGUUAUCUUUUCGAGUUUGAUUGCCUCAAUAUAUUUCUCCCGCUCCUGGCCGAUCCUUCGUCACAAACAAACAUCGCUAUUGCUCAGCUUAUCAGUACAACUGUCCGUUCAGAAGCUCAUCGGAACGCCGUCGUAGAAUGGCUACCUCCUGCUGAGCGCUCCAAAGAGAUUAAGGCCAGACGCGGUUGGGAAAAAAUGGAAAUGGUAAAUUCCAGUUCACCAGCCAAACAAGGUGGAUGGGUGGUCCGGCUUCUGGUCAAUUUCCUUCAAAAGAAGGACACAAAGUUACAAGAAGCUGCGCUUGGCGCAAUAUCAUCCUUAGCAACGGAAAAUACUGUAGUUGCAACCACGCUCACAAGGGCCUGGCCUGAUACAGUCGACACCCCCUUGAACAUAGUUUUAAAUUUGACGAAAAGUAGAUCGACUGAUGUACAGCUCACUGCAUCUCUGUGCGCUGCUCACAUUCUUCGAGCCAAUGCAAGUCACCAUCCAGGAUCAAUAGAUUAUUCUGCUUCUCUGAACGUUAUUCAUGUUGUUAACCGCGUGUUCUCUUCGUCGUCUGAAACCCCACAGAACAAGAUUAAAACAUGCUACACUCUCUAUCAUUUAGUGAAAGACGAUAGAGAUUUGUGCCGAGAGGUCUAUGAACGCGGAACAUUGGAAAAGGUAGUUUUAUUGGCGAAGCACAUCACUCCACUCGAAAGGACGUCGGAAUGGGAAGAAGACGAACCUGAGAGCACUCUUGCCCUCAGAGAAGCGACGUUAACCGUGAUCGCAGCGAUCUCGCUCUUUGACAAUAACAUUCGCCGGGAAGUUGCAGAUGAUCUCCACAUCAUCCCAACAAUACAAGUCUCAUUGUCGCACAAGAACAUCGGUAUCCGCCACGCAGCAUGCACGUGCCUGCGCGCACUUAGUCGCGCAGUUUCCAUCAUCCGCACGAAUAUCGUGGACAGCAAAAUCGGAAUGGAAGUUUUUGCGAUAUUUAAGAAGGAAGACGAAGAUCCAAGAGUAACAUAUGCAGCUUUGAAUACUGUUUGCAACUUGGUGAACGAUUUCUCACCGCUGAGGCCGAAACUAUUGGACCAAGGGCUCCUUGCGCGAUUGAUGCAACUACUCGCUUCUGAUGACAUAAAUAUGAGGGUUGGUGCUUUGUGGGCAAUGAAGAAUACCCUUCGAAAAAGCGAUCCCAGCAUAAGACAGACGGUAAUGACACAUUUAUGCUGGCCCCGGCUCCUCGUGCUGUGCAACGAUUCCAAUAUCGAAAUCCAAGAACAAGCCAUGGGUAUUCUGCGCAACCUUACAGAAGACGAAGAAGGAGUCGACUACGUAUUUGAAUCUAUUGAUAAGGAGACUCUCGCCAAUUGUAUUACUUCUGGUCUAGAAUCCUCCAGCGAGGAUGUGACCCAUCAUACAGCAUGCUUUUUGGCGAACAUCGCAAACGGCUCGCGAGAACAACAGGAUUUCAUCUUCGCGCACACUCACAUUAUCCAUGCUAUGCACGACUGCAUGACCGAUGCCAAGUCCGACACACGUUGUCCCCUGAUCUCCUGCAUCUUCUCCCUCGUCCAGUCCAACAUUCGUCGGAAACACGAGCUCACCGAAGCAGGGAUCACCUCGACGCUGCGGCACAUGUGUGAUUGGACUGCGGGUGUCAGCAUAAGCAUGAGCCCUGGGGGACGCCACCAUCGGAUACACGUGGAUGACGAUAAGGAGGCUGCGAAAUUGGCACGGUCGGUCUUGGAUCUUUUGGAGCAUAGUACUAUUGGAGAUCUACUAUAG